UUUCCAUUAGUGCCUCUUGUGCUCCCACUUCUACAUUCACCCUUGGCACCUUGCAAAGCACCUCAAUCGCCAUGGCCGGACAAGACAACGACGUCGUGACCGCGUAUCCCAACCAUGCUCCCAACAAACAGGAGCAGAAUCUACCUGGCCUCGACGCCAAGAUGGACCCUCUCGCCUCUCACACCCAGCUCGAGAAGUGGGACGAGAACGGCAAGCCGUACCUGGAAGAGUACGCCGGUAAUGGUCGCCUCAAGGGCAAGACGGCUAUCGUGACCGGGGGAGACAGCGGCAUCGGCCGUUCGGUCGCCCUCAUGUUCGCUCGAGAGGGCGCCAAUGUCUCGAUCGUCUACCUCCCUGCCGAGCAGAAAGACGCAGACGACAUCGUUGCGAUGUGCGCAAAGAACGCCAUGGGAUCAAAGGAAAUGCACUGCAUCCCUGCUGAUCUGAUGGAUGAGAAGGCAGCAAAGGGUGUAGUGGACGAGCACCUGAAAAAGUGGGGGCGAUUGGACAUUCUGGUCAACAACGCCUCGAAGCAGAUCGAGUGCAAGGAUUUCUCCCAGGUCGACCUUGCACAGGCGGAGAGCGUUGUUCGCUCCAACUUGCUGGGUAUGUUCGCUCUCACCAAGUACUCUAUCCCUCACUUGGGCCGCGGGGCCUGCAUCAUCAACUCGUCCUCGGUGACGGCGAGGAAGGGGUCGUUGGGGAUGGUGGACUACUCUUCGACGAAGGGCGCUAUCGAUACCUUUACGCGCAGUAUGGCUGGGCAGCUCAUGAAGAAGGGGGUCCGCGUCAAUGCGGUUGCGCCUGGACCGGUAGUCACACCACUGCAGCCGGCGUCAAGGUCAGGGGAGUCGAUGGAAGGAUGGGCUGUUGGUGAGCCAGCAUUGCUAUGGCAGCGGCCUUCGCAGCCGGCUGAGCAGGGCCCGGCCUACGUCUUCCUGGCCGAUGCUGGUCAGUCCAACCAAAUCACCGGCUGUGUCCUGCCCGUCAACAGCGGAUCCUACUUUACGUCGUAGGGCUUCUUGCCGUGCCGUUGUCAAAAGGA